AUGUUGCCCAUAGCAUAUGCUGUAGUUGAGGUCGAAAACAAAGACAACUGGACUUGGUUUUUGGAGCUUCUUAUUGAGGACCUUGGUGGCAAAGAUGUGUGUGCAGGAAUCACGUUUAUUUCAGACCAACAAAAGGGUCUUUUGGGAGCUUUCCAAGAUCUUCUACCUGGGGUAGACCAAAGAUUUUCAAUAGCCACACAUCCACAACAAUGGGAAGCUGAAAUGAUGAACAUAAAAGCCAUCAAUGUUGACGCUUUUAAAUACUUGAUUGGCAUUUCACCUAGGUUUUGGUCAAGAUCUAGAUUCACAUCUACAUCAAAAUGUGACACCCUUGUGAACAACAUGAGCGANGCCUUUAAUAGUGUGCUAGUUGAUAGUAGGUGUAAGCCUAUUAUUAGCAUGUUAGAAGACAUUAGGGUAUAUAUUAUGAAAAGAUGGGCUGCCAAUAGGACAAAGAUGAUUUCAUAUCAAGCUUCAGUCUGCCCUAAGGUUUGGAACANAUUUCAGAAGGAGUCAUGGUUAGGUAGAUAUUGGUUACCAAGGUGGUCNAGAGAGAAACUAUUUGAAGUUAUUCAUAUUUCACAAUUUNGCCAGCAAUAUGUUGUGAAUGUGGACACCAUGGACUGCUCAUGCAGAAAAUGGGCCAUUACUGGCAUUCCUUGUACGCAUGCCAUAACUGCAAUGAAAUUCCUCAACAUCAAUGCAGAAGAUUACAUUGCCCACUGGUUUAGAAAGUCCACCUAUGAAGAGACUUACAACCCCAUCAUUAAACCUAUCAAUGGUCAACAUUUAUGGGAGGUCACACCCUAUUCAGACAUAUUACCACCAAAAAAGAAGACAAUGCCUGGAAGGCCAAAGAAGAAACGAAGAUUGGAAGAGUGGGAGUUGAAGAAAAAUGCAAGUGAAUUAAGAAAGGGUGGGCAAAGCAAAAGAUGUGCCAUCUGCAAACAACUUGGACACAACAAAAAAGGUUGUCCACUGAGACCUACAACCCAAUCUACUGAUGCACAAACAGAAGCCACUCAGGCUCCACCUACAAACCAAUCUGCUGAUGCUGGUCCUCCACCUGAACAAACACAACCCACUCAACAAUCCACUGUGCUUGGUACUGAUGGUGGUCCUUCACAAGCACAACCCACCCAACCAGAUAUGUGA